ACCUCCUCGGCUGCCUUGGAGUCGCCCCCUUUCUCCUCCUUCCCCCGCCACUCGUAAAACAGAAGUCGCCUAGCACUUGGUAGGUUUCGAAUCGCCUCAGUCUGCCAUUCUGCAAGGUAGAGAAGGCCAUGCAAGAAGACUAACAUCGUCCACCACCACCCAAUCGUUUCUUCCAUGCAUGGCGUGCAGGAUACGAUGACGAUGGUGUCGGCUUGUAAGAUGCCUCUCGUGCUGUCUAUGGCGCUGCUGGCUGUCGGUCUGAUGGCCGCAGUGAUGCCUUCCAACACCCAAAGCGCUGCCGACGGUCAGCAAACGCAACACAACAAUGAGACAUGACAUGGGGGGCAUCAUACGUAUGGGUACGUAUGGGUAUGUAUGGAUGCAUCUGCCGCGUUGUGGCUGCAGUGUCGGCAAGCCGCUAUCUAGCCCUGAAUUCGGCCGAUAAUACCAACAGCACUGAAGGGGCUGACCAGGGUACGCCAAAAGCAUCUCCACACGGAUGCCUUCGUGUUCAUGUGUCGAUGCAUCUGUGGGUGUGUUGUGUUGCAGAGUUUGCCUUGAUGUCGUCCACGCAUGCGUCGCUCAUCCAGCUGCAGCUCAAUCACGCCCACGCCUCAAUCACUGCCGCCCACAAACUCAACAUCGCCGCCCACCAGCUGAGCGUCGCCGCCGUAGACGCCAUCGACAGCGCCCUCAAGACACACGCACUCCAGCCUUCGGGUGGGUCAGUCGUUUGCAUGCAUUCCAAGUCCGUCUGUGCAUGGCUCCCUGAUUGUUUGCAGGCAAGUGCACAAUAUACGUGACGCACGGCGGCCAGGAGAGCGUCUCUAUGGAAGCUGUUGACGACUGCCCCGGCAACGAGAAAGUGUGCGCGGCCCAUCAGAUUCACUUUAACUGGUCGUGGUUCACGCUCGUCCUGGCAUAUGUCGGGAAGCUCAGAGUCGAGGCAACCCCCAUCCUGGCAUCUGCGUCGACAAAAAUACCCGCGCCCAAGACCUGGUAGGCAUGAUGAAGGGGAAAGAAUGCCAAAAUCCUUGUUGCGUGUUGUUUUCGAUUAGUGCGAGAAAAUCUCCACUGAGCAAUGUCACACGCAUCCACACACACCCAGAGACAGAAAGAGACAGUGCCGCAUCUUGUAUUAUCUUGUGUUGCAGCGGCGAAGUUCUUCCGCAUCCCCAUAG